AUGAGGCUAGGACUUUUCGCUAUCUUGUCGCUCUUGUUGAUGGUGACAUAUCUGCCCAAAGUCAAUACUUCGCCUUUAGAAUUCUUAGAGCGGGACAUCAAUGUCGAGAAUGAAUUGCAUACCGAGAUUGCACCUGGGAAGCUAGGUGCAAUCGCCAGUGAAAGUGCGAUUUGUUCUCAGCAUGGGGCGGACAUUCUGAAGAUGGGUGGAAACGCUGCCGAUGCGUUGGUUGCAACGAAUCUUUGCGUGGGCGUGGUUGGCAUGUACCACAGCGGAAUCGGGGGAGGAGGCUUUCUGCUUAUCAGGGCACCCAAUGGCAGCUACGAGUUCAUUGAUUUCAGAGAAACAGCCCCGGCUGCAGCUUUCGAGGAUAUGUUCAAGAAUAACUCCAAUGCUGCUGUGCGUGGCGGACUCGCAAGUGGAGUUCCCGGUGAGAUCAGAGGCCUCGAAACCCUCCACAGAAAGUAUGGCUCUCUUCCCUGGGCGACCCUUGUACAGCCAGCCGUUCGGACCGCUCGUGAGGGAUUCACUGUCGGCAAGGAUUUAGUCCGAUACAUGGAGUCUGCAGUUGGCAAUGGGGAAGACUUCCUUUCCAAGAAUCCGACCUGGGCCAUCGACUUUGCACCCAAUGGCACCCGACUUGGGCUGGGAGACAAGAUAAUCAGACGCCGAUAUGCGGAUGCACUCGAGGCGAUUGGGAAACAAGGCCCGCAUGCGUUUUAUACAGGAGCUAUCGCAGAGACCAUGAUCAAUGCCUUGCAGAGUGCGAACGGCACAAUGACGCUGGAAGACCUGAAUAAUUAUACCGUGGCCAUUCGGAACGUGUCUGAUAUUGACUACCGUGGGUAUAAGAUCACGAGCACCUCAGCCCCUUCGAGUGGUGUUGUGGCCUUGAGUAUCUUAAAGAUCCUGGAAACCUACCAGGGUCUCUUUUCGACGGAGAAAUCUGUGAAUCUCAGUACACAUAGACUGGACGAAGCGAUUCGAUUCGGAUAUGGCGAGAGGGCUAACCUGGGUGAUCCCUCUUUCAUUGACGGGAUUGCGAAGUAUGAAUCGGAUGUGCUAGAUCAAAAGACAAUCGAUGACAUACGAUCAAAGAUCUCGGAUGUGCGGACUCAGAACGUUUCUGCUUAUGAUCCAGCCGGAUUGGAAAGUUUGGACACCCCUGGAACGUCACAUAUCGUGGCAGUAGAUCACACUGGUCUUGCGAUUUCGGAAAUUACCACCAUCAACCUUUUGUUUGGCAGCCGGGUCAUGGUACCUGAGACAGGCAUCAUCAUGAACAAUGAAAUGGAUGACUUCUCGAUCCCCGGAUCUUCCAACUCGUUCGGGUACAUCCCCUCCGAAGCAAAUUAUAUUCGACCCGGAAAACGUCCACUCUCAUCCAUGACUCCGGCGAUAGUCGAACGACCCGAUGGUAAACUGUUCUUGCUUUCAGGAUCCGCAGGUGGUAGUCGUAUCAUCACGGCUACUGUCCAAAACAUUAUCCAUUCGAUUGACCAGGGUCUCUCGGCUGCCAAAGCGUUAGCCAAGCCUCGUCUGCACGACCAAUUGGUACCAAACCAAGUUGUUUUUGAGUAUACCUACGACAACACGACUGUGGCUUUCAUGAAAAGUCUUGGUCAUAAUGUCACGUGGGUCGCCCCUGGACAGAGCACUGCUCAGCUCAUUCGUGUCCUGCCUAACGGGACCUUCGACGCUGCUGGAGAACCAAGGCAACUUGACUCCGCCGGGUACUCUGUGUAG